AUGAUGAAAGAAAGCGUGCUGCAUUUUAAGUCCUUGAAUCACAUCUCAUUGGUGUGCAGAUCAGUUGAGAAAUCCCUUGAUUUCUACCAGAGUGUUCUUGGGUUCUUCCCAGUUAGGAGGCCUGGCUCCUUUGACUUUAAUGGUGCAUGGCUAUUCAAUUAUGGCAUUGGCAUGCAUCUUCUCCAAUCUGAAGACCCUGAUAAAAUCCCCGAGAAGAUCACCCAGAUUAACCCCAAGGUUAACCCCAUUUCUUUCCAGACAGACGAAGCUUGCACUCGCAAAGGAAUGUGUUUCUUAGUAUGCCAGAAGAAGCCCAGCAGAUGGUUCUUUAACCUGAGGCACACCUUGCAGUCUGGCAUUGGAUUACACCAUGCCGGUCUGAAUGACAAAGAUAGAUCUCUGGUUGAGGAGCUUUUUGCAAACAACAAGAUUCAGGCAUUUCUGUUUUACCUCAGUAAGCAACGGGUAAGGAGGAUAAUGGAAGGCAACCGUCGGAUGGGAAUGAUUGAAAGUCGCCGACGGUUUCGUAUAAUUCGAUCUUGGGACCAAGUUGGCUUUAGGUACCGUAUGGGUCCAGGGCAUAUAUCCACCAGAAGGUUGCAGGAAUUGACAAAUAAUGCAGCAGAGUAUGCUCGGUUAUGGACAGGGCGAGGUAAAAGAGCAGCACAUCAAGGUUAUCUCCAUAAGUUAAAUCUCUUAGUCCUCUAUAAUAGUAUCUCUUUACAGAUCGAAGACGACUUGAUAGACUUCUUGGCGUGGAAGCGCUAA